UUACCUGUUCACAUAAUGUUUUUUGUAACUCAUUUACCCUGUGAUGUAUAUAUUAGGUGCCUCAGAAAAAAUAUCCGAGACUGUUCUCAAAAGCUUAUAGGAAUUAAUGCUCCGUUAAUUGUCUUCUUUGAUGAGAUUGCCGCAAUCACUGCUGAGGGAGAUAAUCUACAGAGGGGGAUGGAGAGAUGGAUAGUUACUCAAUUGUUGACUUUCAUGGAUGAAACGCACAGACUCGAUCAAAGUGGCAAGCUCUACUAUUGGAAUAUGGCAGGAACUGAUAUCUUGAUCAAUGCUCGCGACUAUGGCGUCAUAGUUGAUGAACAUAAGAAGAGGGUUCAAUGCAAUUAUUGUGCAAAGGAAGUGACUAGCUUCAACCGUAUGCAGAACCAUUUAGGAGGAGUGAGAGGAGAUGCAAGAGCCGAGAGGUUCAAUCCUUGAGGAUGAGUUUGAAGAUAUGAAGAAUCUGUUAGGAACUGAGUUUGGUUUAGAGACUAAGUGUUUAAGUUGUUUGACCUAGACUUGUUGACUAAUGUAAUAAUGUUAUUUUAUAUUUCUGUGUUGGAUGGCUGUGAUCUUGCCACUUGUAUGGCUGGAUGUAUUUUGCUAUGUAAAAAUCUAGAGCUUCUCUCAUUUUAAUGUGGUAAGAGAUUAGCUCGUGUGGUGUAAGAGAGAAAUACAAGUGAAGAAGAUCAAAGUUUUUUGAGUGUGUUCUUC